AUGAGAGGCGUAGAAGAUUUCAGAAUGGCAUUAAAAAUAGAUUACGAGGAAGUGCUAGAUUUUGGCGAGGAGGCAGCGAAGGAUGUAGACGAAAAGAUGAAAAUAUUGAAGUUUGAAUACAACUGGGCGGAUGUGAUGGAAGAGGCAGAUAAGCAAAAAGAGACGAAAGUUGAAUUAAUAAAAACACGUGACCCACAAAAAAUACUGAAACGGAAUCACGCAAAACGACUGAGAGAAAUCGAAGAUAGGAAAAAACAUUCCUUGGGAUUAAACCAACUCCACAAAGAAUUGCUGGAAUUCUUUAAUGUUAAAAAUGAACCAAAAGCAAAAAGAGAUCAUCAAAAAAUAUUGAAGGACAAACAUGAAUUACUACUGAAAAAGAUUGAAACGAAACGUGAGACUGAAAAACUGCUCAUCUCUGCACAUGAACAACUACUGAAAAGGAUUGAGGCCAAACAAAUACGUAGAAGUUUGCUGAUGAAUGUCCACAAUCAACUACUGAAUGUAAUGAAAAAAGAAGAUACGGUAACGGCUUUAUCUGGAGGAAGGAGACCGCUGUUCAGUACCUUAAAGGUACUGACAGACAAAGGAACAAGGAUGACUUACGGAAUAUUGAAGUAUUUUGGUUUCAUAUGAAACGUUGCUUGCAUCCAUAGAG